CGGUGUUUCCUACUACCUAGCAUUUUUGCUAAGCUCCCCUUUUCUUCCCUUUUUGAGGUCUGGAGGUCCUGGGCUGCGCCUUCUAUUUGGGCCAGUCGGCACAACGCGUGAGUGGCCUGGUAGGGGAGAGGGCCGCCUGCACUCGGAGGCUACUGUGGACCGCAGAGAGACACACAGCAUGGCAGAAAACCGAGAGCACCGCGGGGCCAUUGAGGCUGAGCUGGAUCCCGUGGAGUACACCCUUCGGAAGAGGUUGCCCCACCGUCUGCCCAGAAGGCCCAAUGACAUUUAUGUUAACAUGAAAACUGACUUUAAGGCCCAGCUGGCCCGCUGCCAGAAGCUGCUGGACGGAGGGUCGCGAGGUCAGAGUGCAUGCACUGAGAUCUACAUUCAUGGCUUGGGCCUGGCCAUCAACCGUGCAAUCAACAUUGCCCUACAGCUUCAGGCGGGCAGCUUCGGGUCUUUGCAGGUGGCUGCCAAUACCUCCACUGUGGAGCUUGUUGAUGAGCUGGAACCAGAGACUGAUACUCAAGAGCCACUGACCCGCAUCAGAAACAACUCGGCCAUCCACAUCCGGGUCUUCAGGGUCACACCCAAAUAAUAAAAUGAGUCUGGCUCACCUCAUCCACCUACCCUCAGCUAGGCUCAGGUAUGACUCUCCUUGUACUCAGUACUGUCAUGGACCUCCUACCAGAGCCAUAAAAGGAAAAGCCUGUCAUCUCUGAGCCCAAAAGACAUUGAAUUGAGAAGGGGAGAGUGUCUCUUGUUGGGCCCAAGUAACCAGGCCUUCCUGAAUCUUUGUGGUCUGUAACCAGCCAUUGUCUUAGGCAAUAAAAAGUAUCGAAUUUAGUGCCCACCCACCCCACUGCCA